AUGCCAACACAAUGUCACAGUGAGGAGAUGGGCAAGCAGGCCGCGAAGAUGCUGGGGAGGCCUUUCAGUCAUGUCUUGCUCGAGAUUUGUGCCGUGAAUCCUGACAAAGGAACCGUUGAUGUCAAGUCGAUGCAUGCCCGUAUCGAGAAGGCCGUGUCCAGAGGAAAUCGCGUCCUGGCGAGCGGGGCGAUGCUGUUCCAGCAGAAAGCAGAGCUGUUUCCUGGCAGCAGCUUCGUAGUUGGUUAUGACACCUACAGGCGCAUCCUCGAUGCGAAGUACUACGCUCCCCCAGGCUGCAUGGAUGGCAGCUCUUCAGAGCAGCAACGGGAAUGGACGAUGAACGCACUUCAGAAGCUGCAUAGUUGCAGGGUGCAGUUCAUAGUCGCUGGUCGUGUGGAUGGUGGCGACUUCAAAACGAUCGUCUCGCAUCCUGUCAUGCCGGAUCUCCCUGAGGAUGGGCCGUGCCAGAAUCGUGACAUGCCAGAUUUGACUGUGUUGCUUGAUGUUGGUUGA